UGCAACAGUUAAGUUUCCUAAGAGAUAAGUUGAUUGUUAAUGAGAAUGAAAGCUGCUGGUGACGUAAUGGAAACAAUAGCUCUGGUGGUAUAGGAAGCCUAAUUUUACCUCCCUGGCUAUUCGCAUGUUGAGCACAAAGCAGCAACGGCUGAGCGCUGUACUUGAGUUAAAGAUUUUCAGACAGAGCUCACAAACAUGGAUGUGAUCUUCAAGGAGGGGAUCUUGUACCUGCAGGUGGUCAAGUUUGGAAUAAAAUCGUGGCGGAAAAUGAGGACGGUGCUUUUUAAAGCUAGCUCUACAGGGGUCGGCCGGCUGGAGCUCUGCUGUGUAGCUGACAGCAGCUCUGUUGGUGACCAGAAGAAGGCUUGGCAGAAAACGGAGAGAAAAGUUGUGCGUCUGAGCGACUGCUUCAGUGUCACUGCUGCUCCGAAGGAGUCCUGUCCUGCUGGGUGCUCGGCCUUCUACCUAAACACCACACAGGGCACCUACACUUUGGCCUCCACAACCAGCCGGGACUGGCUGAGCGCCAUCUGUCUCCUAGCCUUCCAGAAGGAUCCUGGAGAAUCAGACAAAGGGGAUUUCAAGGGAGGAAACGGUCUGACCAUGGAGGACAAUGACCUUUACUCAUCCUGGAAAAGCGAUCGGACUCUUCCUCCAAACCAGUACAAAGUGACUGUCCAGAGCACAGAGGCGUCCAAGCGCUGCCGGUUGGCUGGAGAGUAUGUGGUGUAUCCAGACAAAGAAGCUGUGAUUCUGCUGGAUGUCAGUGCUGGUCGUACUGUCUACUGCUGGCCAUACAGGCUCCUACGCAAGUUUGGACAGGUUGAGGGAGGAUUCAGCAUUGAAGCAGGUCGUCGCUGUGACUCAGGAGAAGGAGUUUUCACCUUCCUGACCCAGUACGGUCCUCAGAUCUUCCAGCUCAUAUCCCAGCAGUGUGCCGUGGAGAAGAACUCAUGGGUCCAACCUGUCAGCGUCCACAGAAGAUCCUUUUCGGACGUGUCUCCAGUUUCCCUUCCAGCCCAGCAACUUCCUGCUCCUGCAGAUGUUUCUCCUGACAUGGGGGAUGAGUCUGAAAGCCCCUACUCCACUAUUAAGCACACUUCUGCAGGAGAUAUAAAACAGCUUGCCAGACCCAGCAGCAGGGAGGCUGUGGGAGAGGAGGACGAGGAGGAACGCUGUCGCUCGCUGGAUUCGUUAAACAUGGGUACCUCCAUAGAGGACAGCAUUUAUUACAACCUGAGGAGAGCCACGCCUCCUUUGGUCAGAAAAGCAGAAACAGACAAUUCAGAGUGCAUUUAUUCGGCUGUGAGAAAACCUUCCUCGAAUGCCCAGCUCCAGUCUCUCUCCUCUCCCCUAACUCCCUGCGCCCUCACCAAAUCUGCUCCCUCUGCCCCACCCAAGCCCCGCAGCCAGCCUCUGCCCCCUGUGAAUAACAACUUCCAGCCGAGCUACAAUGCACAGGCGGCGGAUGACACGAAGGAGACGGAGGAGGGCAUCAGCUCCUCCGCCCCUGCUGCCCCCACAGAGGCCCCUGGCAGUUUUAAACACAGGCUGGCAGCAAUCAUUUCUAAGGACCUGGCAAAGUUCCAGCUACCUCCUCCCCACGGAGCAGCCAGCCCCACAUUUUUUCAGUAGGCUAUUAGUUAACAGACAGACGAGAAGAAGCAAUUUUAAUCAUGAUAAAUUGUCAUAAAGCAUAAUUAGUUCCUUUACUUCUAUAAAACCACUUCCACUGGGAAGACGCAGUUAGGCACUUUGGGCUGGCAGAUGUUUGUAUGUUUUCCUAGUAGCUUGUUGUAUGAAAAAUGCAUCUGGAAUGCGUUGUAAUUGCAAAAAGGAAGAUUUAUGUUGUUUUGUUUGUGUCAGAGAAGCAAUGUGCUACAAUAUCUUUUAAUGUGAUGUUAGCUGAUAAGCUGGAUGAGCAUGCAAGUGGCUGUUUGAUUGUUUUUGUUAUGGAAACGCUUUGGGGGGAAAAAAAUGAUGACUCCUUGUUACAUUCAAUGAGGCACGCAGCAUUUUUCGCAAUUAGUUUCUUCUACUUCCUUAUGAGGGCUUUGUCACAUAUCAGUCAACCGCUUUGCAGAGUCCACAUUGUUUGUUGUUGUGAGUAUAGAAAUAACUUCAAAUGCACACUCAAGUCUUAUUAAAUCUUUAUUGUAGCAAAACAUCCCUCAUAAAAUACCCCUUAGCAAUACAUAAAUAGAAAAAUACUUGUUCUCAAUUAGGCAAACUGGAAAGGUCAGUGGUUCAGGAUGUGUAAAGUGCAUAAAAAGGCCUGCUGGAGUCCAUAUAUAAGAUCUUAGUGGGCCUUUUUGAGUUUUUCCUGUACUUUUUCUCAUUAGGCAGUGCAACAUCUAAGCUAUAAAUAUGCAGUAGGACUGUGUCACUCAUACAAUCAUCAUGUCUACUGUUGUUUACUGCCAUGCAAAUGUCUGGAAAACAGUUAAAAGGCAGUGGUUCCCUGUUACUGUCUCCAACCCUGAUCU